AAAAGAAGAAGACGACGUGUUGUCCAAUGAGUUUCUCGCUACUUGGACGCAUCCAAUCAGAGAGCUCGUUGUUGUGGAGUCUGGUUGUUGCCAUGAUCCUGGGUUCUUUAACGGAUGUGUCGAUGUAGUUUUUUGGACGAUGUUUUAUUCUCCUCGCUGUAUUUUAAAUAACGUAACUGUUUUAAAAAUACUUUAGUUUGUAGUACUGCUUUAUAUGACGUUUUGUGUUCUUACACCGCGGUAUUUAAAGGAGGGUUUAGUGAAACGCGUGGAUUUUCACACAAAGACUUGGCAACUUGGACUUAUUAACGUGAGCGUUUGUGUUCCGGAGUGGCGCGUGUAGGAAACGGCGGUGAAAUAAAUACAGCAGCUGUUUGUUCAUCCUAAUGUCCCUUUAACUCCUCCAGAUGCCGCUGCAUGUCUGAACACCACCAGCUGCCUUCCUCAAGCACUUUCCUCAGCUCCUGUCACUGAUGGCAGAUGUUACAAAGGUGAUGGAUAUUGUAAUCCUCGAUGAUGAUGCUGAAGAACCUUUGUCAUCUUCAUCGCUUCUGCAGACAUCCUGUGUGUCCAGUACGUCUCCUGUCCCACAGCCACCAGCAACACACAUCCUGGGGUCUCCUUUUGCUUCGGCUAGGAAGGAGAGCCAUGUCCUCAAACUGGAGAAUGAGAAGCUCUUUGGCGAGUUCGUGGAUCACUGCGUAGAACACACCCAAGAGCACCCGGAGGUGGUGAACUUCCUGAAGAUGAAAUAUUCCAAGGCCUUGCCCGACUUCCUGAUGUCUGUGGAGUUCCGGAACGCCGUGGGUCGCUGCCUGACACGAGCCCAGGCGCAAACUACCAAAACAUUUGUUUACAUAAACGAACUCUGUACCCUGCUGAAACAGCACUCGACCAAAAGGAGGGCCGUGAUCCAGCCUUCCACUGCCAAAAAGCAGCAGCAAACCGAGAGCUGGGACGAGGCGAAGGGGAAUACGGACGUAAAAGAGGAAUCUGCCUCGAGGCAGCCAGAAGUUGGAGAGGAAGAGGAGGAAAGGAAAACUAAACGAGCUUCCAGGAGACAGAUAGCAUACCUGGAGAACCUGCUGAAGGUUUAUAGUGAUGAGAUCAGACGGCUGCAGGAGAGAGAUUUGAGUUUGGAGGAUCUGGAGAAGGAGGACUCGAGCUACAUCCAGGAGCAUAAACUCAAACGCAAAAUGAUGAAGAUCUAUGAUAAACUGUGUGAGCUAAAGAACUGUAGCACACUCACUGGCAGAGUCAUGGAGCAGAGGAUUCAUUACAGAGGCACCCGUUACCCAGAGAUCAACAAGAAGAUUGAGCGAUUUAUAAACCAACCCGAGAUCCGUCAGAACCCUCCGGAUUACAGGGACAUCUUGCAAGUGGUGAAGCGCGCCAACGAGCGUAACCAGCUGAUGCUGAGCCGUAAGCAGGAGGCGCAGAUUGCGCAGGAGGCGUUCCGCGAGACGGGCAAUAGGCUGCAGGAGAGGCGCCACCUCGACAUGGUUUACAACUUCGGCUCUCACCUCACGGACUUCUACAAACCCACUUCAGAUCCUGCCCUUGUUGACCCACUGUUAUCCCAGAAGCUACGCUCUAACCGAAAGCGGGCUCUCAGCUCCCUAGAGGAGGUCAUCAACAAAUUCGCCAACAAACAGGAUGACACAGAGGAAGAGGAAAGGAGAAAGCGUCUGGAGAAAGAAAAACCGAAAAAAGAGAAUGGCCAAGAGGAAUCCAUAAAAGCAGAGAACAGUGACAAGAGUGGAGAUGAAAAUGAGGAGGUGGAGGAGGAGGACGAAGAGGAGGAGGAGGAGGAGGAGGAGGAAGACGAUGUUUCUUCAGAUCCGGAUAUUGAGGAGGAGAUCCAGGCCAGUGCAGCCCAAGUCAGACCAGAUGAGGAAGAUAAUGAGGAGGACCAUCUGAGCAUCAAUGACGACGUCGUACAACAGCCGAGCAGCCAUGACGAUGGGUCUUGUCCAUCAGUUAAAUCGCCUGGCUGUGGCGAUGCAGGUGAAAGCGGUGACAAAGUUCCACAGGAUGACAGCAGGACAUGUGGCAGCGUUAUCACCGAAAAACAACUGGAAGACAAGCGUUCCACCGACAGUCCCUUCUCUUCUAACAGUCGCAGCCAGUCAGAUGUCCCGAACCCUCAGCUUGGGGAGGAGGCGCUGCUCGUUACUCACAACAGUCCCUCAGCUGACUCUAACGGCAUCAGUGAAGCCACAGAGAUUCCAUCCACCCCUGAGAACUGUGUCUCCACCCCACUGACGAUAUCCGCAAGUCAUCCCGAGACGUGUAACCGCAAGAAGAGGAAACGAGAAUCAAAGAAGAAUCACACGGUUGUCCAAAAUGGCAACAUCAGACGGAGCGAUGCGAGCGACAGCGAUGUCUCUCCAGACGUAAAUGUGGCCUGUAGCCCUGUACAAGUGGACUCCACACGGGCGGACACGCCCACUCAGGAUAUGGUCAGCAGCUCUCGCUACACACCACCCCCUAAAAAGCAAAAGGUCAAAAUUUUUUAUGAUUUGCUGGAAGGGGGCGGGGCUUCCAGUCAAUGUCAGUUCAUAUCGGUGAACGUUGCAACCCAGUGUGACCCAGAUGAGGUGAUCGUUCUCUCUGAUUCGGACUGAGCUGUCCCACUGUGGUGGAACUGGACACUGAGCCUUGUUUCCAUAAACGUCCUUGCUCCAAAUCUGCCGGUGCUUGUCCAUGUAAAAUACUGAAAGUCGUGUGCCGUCUUCAUUUUUUUCUUUUUCUUUCUUUCUUAUUUUUUUUUAGUGAGAAACAAAGCUGACUAGAGAAGCUCUUUUGCAUUGAAUUGAAUCAUCUCUACCACGCAGUUACCUUUUUAAACUCUAAAACAGCUAGCUGCACUGCCCAUUUGGCUCAGCAGCACAAUUUCAGGGUAUGUCAAUGGGGUAUUUUUUUAGGAAAAUAUAAAACAAAAUUUCAUUGUAAUGAUCUAUUGUAUUUAAAUAUUCUUUUUUUUGUUUUGUUUUGUUGAAAGCAGAUAAAAGGUCUUUAUCUCUGUGUAAUUAAAUUUAAUUAAACAGGGAAGGCCUAUUUAUUUUUCUGUUGAGUUCCCUUACAAACUCAAUAAAAAAAAAGCUUAUUUUUGUGUAAAUUUCUCAUUUUAUGGAGAAGAGUGAAAUACAAUACACAGGCAUUACUGCAUUUCGUGUACGACACAAGGACAACGCAUCCCACUGAAAAGCACAACCUUCACUGCAUUGCUUUUUAUGGUGAUUUGUAUGCGUUCAGUGAAGAACAAUCAGAAGGAGAUCGACCAUUGGCAUCCACCAUUUCCUUGAUUGUGUUUAUGUGAAAUACAGCACACAAGCUGUAUUGGUUUUCAUGAGUGGUUGUGGUUUGUGCUUCAUCAUCAGCAUCAUCCAACCACAGGCCAGGACCACCUGUGUAAAAGGCUCAUUGGGGAGCUUAGAGUGAUUGCAUUUGUAAUCUUUAAGAUUUUAAAAGUAGUUUAGAUUCAUUCUGUGGCUGUAUAAAACUAUAGGCUAAUUAAUAUACAUUUAAUAUUAUGAAAAAUACCAGGGACUGGUGAAGGAGCUUUAUUCUGGCCCGCAUUCCUGCACCCAGGGGUGUGAACAGACGCCACCAUCAUGACCUGUGAAAUACAGACAUAUUCAUUCAUUAAUGAAGAUCACAGAGCAGUGAGGUGUUUUCUGAUGUUGCAGACGUGGUUGAGGGUGAGUAGGGGGUGGCCGGUUAGAACGCAACCCCUAAACACCCAGUGUAAGUGUUAUUCAACCCAGUCAAGUGGGUUGAUGCACUGGUCAUGAGUAAAAAUAAUAUAAAUCGCAAGUGCAAAGAUUGAUCUGGAUGGCACAGAUUGACCUUUCAAGAUUGAAGAUUCAGCAUACAGAGAUUUUUGCAGGGAGGAACUUGUUUUUUAAUAAGCAGGAAACAUUUCGGCAAGAAAUUGGAGUUGGUUUGGCAUUUCACUACCAUCUUUGAGCCAAAUUAUGACGCAUCUUACAUGAACUUGUAUCGCUCACACUGCAGUACAUCACAUUUCCUUAUGCAGCAGUGGAACAAUGCAUUAUGAGGGAUUUUCAUGCUACCUCAGGCUUCCCGCAUGUAAUUAGGUCACUAAAAUGCACAAAAGUAGCCAUAAAUUCACUUGUUUAAAAGGAAGUUUUUCCACAUAUGACAAUUUGGGCAUGUUCCUUUAUAUAAACCUGGAUAUGCAGAGCAAUUUAGAAUGUGUAGGAUUUUCCAUCACAUUCAUUAGUGCGUACACGUGUACAAUCUCAGUUCUGUAGGGCGUACUGGCAGUUCUUGGGCAUAAAAAUAUGUUUUGAUAAAUUGGACACCUUAUUUGUGAGGCUUGUCAGUUAAGCACAGUAGUACUCACUGAGCC